CAAGCAAGCCCGGCCCGACCUCUGCGGCCAUUCUGCAGCAGCAGGACUCAGACUCGGGAUGAGACAAAGAUGCCUGCUGAACUAGGGGAAGGACUUCUGCCCAGAGCCUGCUGCGAGGGGGCAGAGCUGAGCAGCCGCGGGUCUUACUGGAAGGCGGAGAGCCUCUGAGGCUGCGGGGUGGUGGGUGGAGCAUUGGAGGCAGCAAGGACCCGGGAGCCCGUGGGCGGGGCUGCAGACAGCGUUGGGCGGCGUGUCGCGGUGCAGCGCGGCGUGGCGCACUGAGCUGGAUCUGCAGCGGGUGAGCGGGUUAGCCAGGCCGAUGGCGGUGACUGCGGCCCUGUCGGCUGCAGCUGCGGCUGCGGCCCUAUCCGGCCUGGCAAUGCGAUUGUCGCGUUGGGCGGCGACGCGCGGUUCCUACAGCGCCUUCUGCAAGGGACUCACGCGCACGCUGCUCACCUUCUUCGACCUGGCCUGGCGGCUGCGCGUGAACUUCCCCUACUUCUACAUGGUGGCCUCGGUGAUGCUCAACGUCCGCCUGCAGGUGCGGAUCGAAUGAGCCAUCACCCGCCACAACGGCGGCCCCGGGUGGAGAGCACCAUCCGCUCCACCCGCGCCACCCACCCCCCCCCCCCCCCGCCAUCCCCUCCAGGCGGCCGCAUGAAGGACCGUGGGGCAGCUUACUGCCCAGAGACUGUGGCGAGGGGCGCAGACGGGACUGCCUGGGCCCCUCCAUUUUAGGCCUCCGGUUCUGCAUCCCAUACUGCAAAAAAACCUUCGCAGCCGAGUCAUUUUCCGCGGCAUCCAGAGAAUCACCAGAGUCUGGCAAACCUGUUGCCUCCGAUUGGCCAGAAAGGGGGAAAACCCGAAAGAGGGGGUGCUACCGCAGGAUUUACCAGGCCCUGUGCAGGAAGGAGUCUCCUGAGGUGUAACCUGAACCCUGAAUGGCAGAGGAUUGGGCCAGCGAGCCUCCAGGAAGGUGCUAGAAGGCCUGCUUCUUCCAUCCUCCCUGUCUGCCCAGCAGCACCUGCGAUGACACUCGUGUGACCCAGAAGCCCAUCUUCCAGCCAUGAGCAGCCUGGCAGCCGUGUGCCACAGGAUCUGGGGAAGUGGGAAGGAUUCCAGGAGCAAGCAGCUGCUGUCAGGAUAGGGUGGAGAGGCAGAGUGCACAGGAGGCCAACUCUGAAGGCUUCUCUUUAUUUUUCAGGCCUUGGUCUUCUAGGUGAUGGCUCCCUUCUCUGAUCAUUUCAGAUGGAUCCCUAUGUAGAGAUGCCUGCCUCUGUUCCUGAGCAGCCCGGGGAGCAGCUGAGUGAAGAACCUAGAAGAGGAAGGGCCUUUCUGGUAGAGGCUUAGAGAGUGGUGGUGUGGCUCAGGUCGUCUGGCCCCGCCACAGAAAAGAUGCCAGUGUACCUUAGGCACUGAUGUCUCCUAGCAACACUGUGAGGGAGGUGUAUUCAUUCUCUCAUCUCAUGAACACAGUGGGCAUCAAGGACCGGGCUGGGAUUUGCCCUUGUUACACACAGAAGAGGGGGAAACUCAGUCUGCCCUGGACCUGCAUUCCCCAACCCCUUCUGCAGUCUUCUUCAUGACCUGGGAGGAAGCUGGGGUGGGGAGGGAGUAGAGAGCUGCCAGGGGACCUAGGGAGAAAGAGAGGCUGUGGGUUAGGGAAGUUGGGCAUCUGCCUUUCCUUGGAGUGGACUAGAAGACAGGCCGAUAGUUGAGUUCAUGAACAGAGAGGAAGGUUCAAGAGCUUCCUGAAAUGUCUAGUCCUCCCCACCUCUCUGGUGCUUGACCAGGGCCCCCGAGCAGUUGUGUGGUAGUGAACUACAAUGAUGGCAUUGUGGUUCAUGGGAAGUCGAGGAGCUACAGGCUGAGACCCAUGGUAUGGCCCUGUUUCUUUGUUCCCAGGCUUGUAGCCCCAUCCCAGGCAUCACAUGGGAAAAAAAUCUCCUCCAGAUAUACUGAGCACAGUCUGUCCAGGAGGCCCUUCUUAGGCUAGACUCUCCAAAUGCCCAAGGAUGACCCAAGGAAUACUUUUGCUACUUCUCCUACACUCUUCCAAGCUUCUCUGGCACUGGUAUCUCAAGGUCCAUGCAUUGCUUUCCUGAUACAGAAACCUUCAGCAUGCUGUCAGCCUUGAUCUACUGGAGAAAUGAGUAUGGAGACAGAGGCCCUGCCUUCUUAGACCUCCUGCUCCAGGAAGCCCCUCCCUGAUUAUGUCCAGACAUGGGCUUAUGGUGUGAGGUCAGAGGCACUGACAAUGGACUGGACUCUGGGCGAGGAGAUGGGGGUAGAACUAGGAUUCUGCUUUGUGUGUCCCAUUCUGGCCCUGAGUAGUUUGUGAGUCUCUGUUUUCCCUGCCCCCUUGGCUACCUUUCUUCCUCCAGGAUGACCUGGCUGUGUGAUGGGGUCAUAAUGCACUUUAUCUCCUUGCUGUCUGUACUGCAGGCAGCGGAGCGUCAAUCAGCUCAGAGACUGAACCCAGAUGGCCGCACAUUUCCAUGUGUGAUGAACUCUGCACUGCCAGUGCUGUCUGGUCAGAGAUGUCGUUUCUGAUGUUGCCACAUGUUGUUGUCUCUCAAAGUAAAAACAAAAUCCUUAGUUCAGUACACCAAA